AUUAGGAAACAAAGUGAAGUGAUAUAAAAUUGGUAUUUUGAUAUUCGUCUAUUUUAAAUUACAGUUUGUCAUACGAUACCGGUAAUGUUGUAAUUUUUUCUAUUAAUUCUAUACUAUUCUAUUAGUAACUUAGUUCAACAUUCUUUUAAUAGACCUAGUGCCUAUCAACUGCAGACAUUAAGGUUAUGUAUUACCAGACCACUUGAUAUUUAUUUGAGUAGGCUAACUCAUUCUUUACAAGAUCUAAGUCUAACAUUACAUGUUAUAAAGCCAGUUUUCAAAACCCUACAAUGUCCAAAAAUACUCUGUUCAACUAUUUUUCGAAGCCACCUGGAUCAGCGUCAAAAAGCAGCCCUAGCACAAAACCCACUGAAACUCCGAAAACUCCUGCAAGUAAACGAAAAUUUGAAGAGAACGAAAAAGAAAAUAAGACUACACCAAAUUCAUCUAUAAAUGGGAAAAAGAAUGGAAGCUCCUCUAAAACACCUGUUAAUAGAUCGGCUAAAAAGCAGAAAUCAGAGUCCAAACCUAAAAAAGAGAUUGUUUUUAAAUCUGAAAGUGAAGAAGAAGCAGUAACACCUCCAGAGAAACGGAGAAGACUGAUUGAAAUUGACAGUGAGGGAGAUGCCACGGAGGAUGAAUUUAAACCAGAUGACUGUGAAGAAAGUUCUGACAAUGAAUCGUUAUCUGAGCAUUCGGAAUCUGAACCAGAGUCUGUUUCGGAAGGCGAGGACAGUCCAGUCAAGGGUAAAAAGCGCAAAGCACCUAGUGGUAAGAAGAAUGGUAAAAAAGCAGCGCCUAGUGUUACGCCUGGCAAGCAGAAAAUUUCGUUACAGCCUUCCACGCCUGCAACUCCUACAAGUAAAGAGAAAGUGUCUUCUGACAGAGACAACUGGCCACAUUUGAAGUACGAUUUCCUCCAACCCAAUAGAAUCAAGGAUAUUAAGAUGAGGCCAGCGAGUCACCCGGAGUACGAUCCUAAGACGGUUCAUGUUCCUGAGGACUUCAAGAUGAAAUUAAGCCCAGGAAUGAGGCAAUGGUGGGAAUUGAAGUCGAAACACUUUGAUUGCGUGAUAUUUUUCAAAGUGGGAAAGUUCUAUGAACUUUAUCACAUGGAUGCUGUGAUUGGAGCCAAUGAGUUAAAUCUUCUCUACAUGAAGGGAGAAUUUGCUCACACUGGUUUCCCGGAGGUAGCCUAUGGCAAGUACGCAGCCUCCAUGGUCGAGAGGGGGCAUAAAGUGGCUAGAGUUGAACAAACCGAGACGCCAGAUAUGAUGGCCGAGAGGGUUAAAAGAGGAAAAUCUACAAAAUUCGAUAAAGUUGUGAAACGAGAAAUCUGUCAGCUGACAACGAAGGGAACAAAAGUGUUCAGUGUUCAAGAUGGAGAGUCUGUGAAUGCAGAUAGUAACUUCCUGGUGGCUCUCACUGAAAAGGACGUGGAAGGCAAGUCAGUAUAUGGAGUGUGUUUUGUAGACACGUCUAUAGCAGUGUUUCACCUGGGACAGUUCACUGAUGACAAACAUUGCUCCAGACUACGCACUCUGUUUGCUCACCAUCCUCCAGCUCAGAUUCUGUAUGAGAGAGGACAGCUGUCACCUCGGACACUCCAGGUACUCAACACUUCUCUAGUCACAGUGAUGAAGGAACAGUUGGCUCCAGAGUCAGAGUUCUGGAGCUCCACCAAGACGCUGACCACACUCUCUGAGCGCAAGUACUUCGAAGAUGGAACUCCUGAGGGCCUCAAGCAAUUCCUUGGAGAAUUUGACACACUAGGGCUGACUGCUCAUGAUGAUGCGGACCUUGCAGUUCGGGCCCUUGGUGCUGUCACCUGGUAUCUAUCAAGAUGUCUGCUAGAUCAACAGUUAUUGUCCAUGGGACAGUUCAAAGUUUAUGUACCUGUCGACUGUGAUAGUUCUGUGGUUUUGGAGGAGAAAAAACCAGAGGAUACAAUAACUGCUAGACAUAUGAUUCUAGACUCAGUUACAUUGAAAAAUCUUCAUGUGUUAGAAAAUUCUUGCGGAGGUACAACAGGGACGCUACUGUACAAAUUGGAUCAUUGCUCCACCCCUAUGGGCAAGAGAUUGCUGAGGCAGUGGCUUUGCAACCCGGUGACCAGCAUCAGCAGUAUUUGCGCCAGACAAACAGCUGUUACGGAGCUGAUUGGUCGACCUGAACUCAUUCAAGAUGUCCGACCUCUGAUGACCAAGCUACCUGACUUGGAGAGGCUACUAGCAAGGAUUUACGCGCAGAGCAGCCGAGGCUUGAGCCCAUCGCACCCGGACAGCCGAGCGAUAUUCUUCGAAGAACGAACAUACUCUAAGAAGAAAAUAGAAGAGUUCAUUUCAGUAUUAAACGGAUUCAAUGCUGUGCAGGAUAUUGCUCUGAAAUUUCAAGAGUCUGGCGUCGGCGAAGAAUCGGAAAUGCUUGCCCAAUGUUCUCAUUUUGAGACUUCAAACCGUCCUGGAAAAUUCCCAGAUCUUACCAGUCAUCUAGAUUUCUUUAAGAAUGCGUUCGAUCACGAGGAGGCCAGCAAGGAAGGUAACAUAGUGCCGAGUCCCGGAGUUGACCCAGACUACGACCAAGCUGUUGAAGCUCUCAGUGUGUUAGAGAAGAAGCAGAAGGCGUACCUCAAGAGUCAGUGUGAAUAUUUUGGAUGCAAGGUGUCGUUUGUUGGUGCUGACAAGAAGAGGUUCCAACUGGAAAUCCCUGAACCAGCUGUUCGCAAAAUUACUUCCUCUGAAUACCAGCUGCAGGGGCAGAGGAAAGGGUUCAAGAAGUACUAUACACCUGAAGCUAAGGAACUUCUUGAAGAGCAAAUAGCUGCCGAAGAAAGGCGAACAAAUGUUCUACACGGGCUCAGGAAAAGAAUUUUCUCUCGGUUUAGUGAAAGGUAUGAGGAUUGGAUAUCGGCCAUUCAGUGUCUCUCAGUGUUGGAUGUUCUGAUGGCGUUUGCUGAAUACAGCAGAGGUCAAACCACUGACGUUUGUAUCCCUGAGUUCGUACCAGCUGACUCCUGUGUGCAGCCGUUUGUGACACUAAGGAACGGCAGCUACCCGUGCACAACGGCCGAGGAAGUCUUCAUCCCCAACGACACUGUGAUAGGAGACAAGGACACCCUCAGUCCCAGUCUGUUGCUGGUGACGGGACCCAACAUGGGAGGCAAGUCCACACUGAUGAGGCAGCUGGGGCUGAUUGUCAUCAUGGCACAGUUGGGUUGCCGAGUACCAGCUGAGAGUUUGAAGCUGAGUCCAGUGGAUCGUAUCUUCACAAGACUCGGUGCCAAUGAUGACAUCAUGGCAGGGGAGAGUACCUUCUACUUGGAGCUGUGCGAGACAUCGGCUAUCCUGGCACAUGCUACGAAACACUCACUCGUGCUUAUUGAUGAGUUGGGCCGAGGCACCUCUACAUACGACGGAACAGCCAUUGCCAACGCUGUGUUACGGGAGCUUACUGACAUGCAGUGUAGAACACUAUUCUCAACUCACUACCACUCACUCGUGGAAGACUUCAAAGACUACAAGAACGUAGCGUUGGGACAUAUGGCAUGUAUGGCGGAAUCAGAGAUGGACGAAGACUCUGAAGGUAUGCAGGAGAACGUAACGUUCCUGUACAAGUUCGCCCCGGGAGCGUGUCCAAAGUCGUACGGAUUCAACGCCGCUCGCCUCGCCGGCGUGCCUAAACACAUCAUAAAGCUCGGCUACGCUCACGCUAAAGCCCUCGAGGCUGAGUGUCAUCUGCGGAAAACUUUCCAGUCAGUUUUCCGCAAGGAUUUCAACGCAGCCGAGUUCAAGCAACAGGUCACCGCAGUUUUGUAAGUUUGAGAAAGCUUGUCGAGUAAGUUUUUGACAAAUGGACGUUGAUUUAGGUUUGUCGAGUUCCUAUUUGGUCCACCUUCUUUGUUGAUUGUUAUUUUAUGUUAAGCUCUAGGAUAGGAGUUUUCAGUCAUAAGACUUUCCCCAUUACGGAACCACUGUAAAAAUUUCCCUAAAAAAUUUCAAACAUUUUAUUCUGUGAUGAAAUUUAUUAAAGGUAUACUAGACAAGAAACCCGUUAUGUAGGUGUAUUUCGUGCAGUAUUUCAAAAAGUAAAACCAUUGUAUGUUUUUAUAAAGCCAGAAUUUGGUGUCAUGAAAAAUAACGGCUAAAAUAUACUUCUUCAGACAGUCCUUGACAUUUAAGCUUGUAGUAAACUUUCUCUAUAUUUUGGCGGUUGUUAGAAAUUGGGAUGAUUAUCAUGAUGACGAUGAGUUUUUAAAAUAACCGUUAAAACAUUUGUAGCGAGUUUUGAUUGUCAAGGAUUAUUUGACUACAUAUUUCAUAGCCAUUAUUUGUCUGAAAAGAUGGGAAACGAUGCGUAUCAAUUAAGUAUGCCCAAGAUUAAUACUUCACUAAGUAACAUCACAUUUCGUCUCCUUCUACUUCAUAUCUUUAAUGACUUUACCUUAUAAAUGUUGACUAAAGAUCGCAUUAAGUACAAAAAUAAUUGUUACUACCGCUAGUUUGUUAGUGUUACUGUUCUAGUUAAAUUUAAUUCCCCAAGUAGUUAUCUGUUAUUAUUAAGUUUAGUUUUACAAUGUUUUUUUUGCACUGCAUUGUUAUGUAAAAUCUUAAAAGUUUGUAAAAAGAGUGCUCAUAAAUUUAAAAGUCCUAUACGAAGUAACAAACUUUUUCAUUUAAAUAAUUAGUUCAAACAUUACAGUAUUUUGGAAUGAUUACUAUGUACAAUUGAGAUCAAAAUCAUAGAAAAUUGAAUGACUUAUUAAUUUGUUGCUAUUUAAUUCAUUUACCGAUAGUGUUAGAACCACAGCCAAUUUACUCACUGAACCAGUUAUACUCAAUUUA